UUGAUAAUCAAUCCUCCAAACAUGACCAAACCUCUCCUUUUCUGUUUUGCUUUUUGAAAAAAACAAAAUAGAAGUGAAAACAAAUGUAUUUUUCUUAAAUUAUAGCUUAUGUAUGUUUGGGUUUGUAUUACACUUGACACACUGGGUUACACUAUUUUUGAAUCGCUUUGACCCAAUAUUUUGAUGGGUCAUUUUUUGUUUAAUCCGUUGGAUCAAAUCAACAAACUGAUGAUAACUCAUAACUCAACCCGUUUAAAACUUAGACAGAUUGGGGGAUUAUUAAAAAGUAAGUUGAUUUCGCCAUCUCUUUACACCUAUAUAAAGUUAUGAAUUCACCUCUACAGAUUCACUGUCGUUGGUUGUGAUGAAGCUGCUAUAAUAGCUGGACGUGACUUCGUUAAUGGCUGUCCCACUGUCUGUACUACCUCCGGUGGUGUAAUUGAGGGAAGAUGUAUGGGUGCUGGUUGCUGCCAAAUAACAAUAACAAAAGGCUUGAAAUAUUUCAACACAUCAAUACAAAGCUCGAAAUUAAAUCACACUGCUGUUUGGUCGUUUAAUAAAUGUGGCUAUGCAUUCCUUGGUGAGGCAAGUAGAUUCGAAUUUAAGGGUUUGCAGGAUCUCGGUGAUCUUAAUUAUGUAACAAGAUUAUGGAUAAUGUUCCAAUUGUGGUAGAUUGGGCCAUCGGAAAUCUUAGUUGUGUUGAAGCACAGAAACGCAACGAUUAUGCUUGCCUGGAAAAUAGUCAGUGCGUUGAUUCUGAUACUGGCCUUGGUGGUUAUAGGAACAACUGUAAGUCGGGAUACGAAGGCAAUCCAUACAUUGGCCCAGGCUGCCAAGAUCCAAAUGCCAAUUCAUGUGAACAAAUUUGCAUAAACACGCCGGGAAGUUACAAUUGUUCUUGUCCAGAAGGUUACACCGGUGAUGGCAGAAAGAAUGGUCGUGGUUGUAAUGCACCGAGCUCGAACUCUGAGUUCCAAUGGAUCAAGGUUUCUGUAGGUAUGGGAGUUGGUUUCAUGUCCUUAGUGGUUGGGACAACUUGGCUCUAUUUCAGCAUCAAGAAAAGAAAACUCAUUAAACUUCGAGAAAAAUUCUUUCAACAAAAUGGCGGUUUACUCUUGAAACGAGGAAUAUCUUCUGACGAGGGUGGUGUGGUAUUGGCCCAAGUAAAUGUGAAGUUUUGAAGACUGACAAAAGAACUCAGACAUGGACAAGGUCCAUCUUGUGAAGCACAGCUUUGAUCAAC